AGCCCGCACCAGCGCAACCGCAGAUGCCUUUCUCGCUCUCAGCUGUGCCUGCCGACGCCCGCGAGGCAGCUGCCGCCGCAGCUGACGUCGCCACGAUGGACGCCUCGGACUCGUCGGCCUCCUCGGAAUCGUCGGCUGCCUCGCAUGCACGCAACCCGGAUACGGCAGAGCACAACGCCCGCCAGGCAGCUGCCUACGCAGCAUACUGUGCAGUGCUCCUCUAGUUCCGUAUCCUCCUCUCACUCUUCUGUUCAAGCAUGUACUUGUAUCCUGUGUCACCCCUGUCCGCCGCACACAAGCGAUCCGUCGAGCAUUCGCGGCGAGCGUUUCGCGGUCUUCGGCAGUCAGGCUGGCACGGUG